AUGCUUGUCUUUGGGUUAUUGCUGCUCUGCAGCAUUAAAACAAAGGGGGAAAAGGCUAACUGUAGUAUUAUAGGGCAACCAGAGUACCCCCUGCUGUCCAAAGAUGGAGAAAUUAUCAUCGGAGGAGCUUUUUCUAUUCACAGCAAAAUAAAUUUGGAAAUGCCAUCAUUUACAGAAAUACCUCAUCGUCUAUUGUGCACCAGCCUUAAUUUGAGAGAAUUCCGCUUUGCUCAGACCAUGAUUUUUGCCAUUGAGGAAAUUAACACCAAUCAGAUGUUGCUCCCAAACAUUUCGUUUGGAUACCAAAUAUUUGACAGCUGUGGUUCCACAUUAGCCUCUAUGAGGUCAUCAAUGGCUCUGAUAAAUGGCCAGGAGUUGACAGCAGAACACACCUGCUCUGGAAAAACAGCAGUUAAAGCUAUUAUUGGAGAAUCUGAGUCUUCCUCAACCAUUGUACUGUCCAGAGCAACAGGGCCCUUCAAGAUUCCUGUGAUUAGCCAUUUUGCUACCUGUGCCUGCCUGAGCAACAGAAAGCAGUUUCCUUCUUUCUUCAGGACUAUUCCCAGUGAUUACUACCAGAGCAGAGCACUGGCUCAGCUAGUCAAACACUUCGGCUGGACAUGGGUUGGAGCAGUGAGAAGUGAUAAUGACUAUGGAAACAAUGGCAUGGCAACCUUUGUAGAGAUAGCCGAGAGAGAAGGAGUAUGCAUCGAGUAUUCAGAGGCCAUAUCGAGGACAAAUUCCAAAGAGAAGACCGCUAAGGUCGUUGAAGUAAUAAAAAAGGGCACUGCAAAAGUUCUUGUGGCAUUUCUGGCACAGGGUGAAAUGGAUGUGUUACUGGAGGAAAUUAUCAGUCAAAAUGUUACUGGGCUACAGUGGGUAGGCAGUGAAUCCUGGAUAACAGCGAGAUACUUGGCAACUGAAAGAAUUUCAAAAGUUCUUGGUGGAGCAGUUGGCUUUACAAUUAGCAAGUCAAAAAUCCCAGGGCUGAAAGAAUUUCUGCUUAAAGUUAAUCCAUCUCAGAACCCUUCAAAUGCUCUUCUGAGGGAAUUUUGGGAGAUGACAUUUGGAUGCCGUCUCUCUUCGACAAUCAGUUCUCAAUUUGAGUAUGAAAAAUUUUGUGAUGGAUCUGAAAAUCUGAGUAAUGUGAGUAAUGCGUUCACAGAUGUAUCUGAGCUACGGAUAUCAAAUAAUGUAUAUAAGGCAGUCUAUGCUGUAGCUUAUGCACUUCAUAACACAAUUGCUUGCAAAACCUCAAACAGUUCAUACAGUGAAAACAUAACAUGUGGAAAUAAGGAUUUAAUGGUUUCCAGUCAAGUACUGCAUUCCCUUCAAAAUGUGAAUUUCACAAUGGCUUCCGGUCAGACAGUAUACUUUGACCAAAAUGGAGACCCUAUGGCAAGAUAUGAGCUAAUAAACUGGCAGAAAAACAGAGCAGGGGAAACAAAUUUUAUCACUGUAGGACACUAUGAUGCCUCACUACCCAGUGAACAGCAGUUUGUCAUGAAUUCUAUCAAUAUAGUUUGGGAAGGAGACAGUUACACGAAACCGAGCUCAGUGUGCAGUGAGAGAUGCCAGCCAGGUUUCAGACAAGCUGUGAUCAAAAGGAGACCAGUAUGCUGCUUUGAAUGUUUGCGGUGCCCUUCUGGAGAAAUCAGCAACACUACUGAUUCUGCUGAAUGCGUCAAAUGUCCUUUAGAGUACUGGUCAAACGAAAACCACAGUAUGUGUGUUCUUAAGAAGGUGGAGUUCCUUUCAUUCGAGGAAAACAUGGGAAUUCUGUUGACUGCAUUCUCAUUAACCGGGGUGUCUUUAACAAUUGCAGUAGCACUGGUGUUUUACAACUUCAUAGACACGCCUCUUGUGAAGGCCAGCAAUGCAGAGCUGAGCUUCCUGCUUCUCUUCUCAUUGUCUCUGUGUUUUCUUUGUUCACUUACUUUUAUUGGUCGGCCUACUGAGUGGUCCUGUAUGUUGCGUCACACAGCAUUCGGGAUCACUUUUGCCCUUUGUAUGUCUUGUGUUCUGGCAAGGACCAUAGCAGUGGUAAUGGCUUUUAAGGCCACAGUGCCUGGAUCAAGUGUCCCUCAGUGUUCACUGCCCUUACAAAGAAUUAGCGUUUUCUGUUGUACUCUUUUUCAGGUAAUAAUAUGUAUCACGUGGCUGGUAUUAGCCCCUCCAAUGCCAUUUAAAAAUAUUACUCAUUCAUUAGAUAAAAUAAUAGUAGAAUGUGAUCUAGGCUCAGCUAUCGGUUUCUGGGCUGUACUGGCAUAUAUUGGGUUGCUCUCUGUCCUAUGUUUCAUUUUGGCUUUUCUGGCUCGAAAGCUGCCAGAUAACUUCAAUGAAGCCAAAUUCAUCACAUUCAGUAUCCUUAUUUUUUGUGCUGUUUGGAUCACAUUUAUCCCAGCCUAUAUCAGUUCUCCUGGAAAAUUCACUGUAGCUGUGGAGAUAUUUGCCAUCUUAGCUUCUAGUUUUGGUUUGUUAUUCUGUAUAUUUACACCAAAGUGCUACAUUAUCUUACUCAAGCCAGAUCAAAACACAAGGAAACAUAUCAUGGGCAAAACCCAUAAUAAAUCACAAUAA